CAGCUGCACCCGUUCAAGUCGUAGCUUGAUAGCUCGCAUCACUCGGAAGUGGGUCUCACACACACGCACACACGCACAGGUUGAAGCCAAAUGGCAACGUUUCGGGGGACUCCUCAAAAGGGGGCAAAAAUGUUGCCAUAAGGCGGAAACACAACAACAAAGAAACCCCGGAUGUCCGAGUGUGACGUCGCCAUCCUUUGUUGGGGCCCGAUGACUCACUUCCGCUUUCCUUGUGUAAACAGCAGCUGGGGUCCGUCGGUAGCCUUGACAUCCCGCUCAAGGUGGCCUCACUAGUAACGCGCUUCAGUUACUAGUGUGUUUCCAGUAGCGCUUGAAAAGCGUCAUGUGACCUAUUAAAGGCGUUUGUUGAUUUGUCUUGUUAACUUGCGUGUGUGUGUGUGUGUGUUGACAGAAAGAAGCGGACUCGACAAUUUAGUCAGUAUGGAAACAUGCAGUAUUUGUGCCUUUUUGAAUGUGUCCGUUGUUUUGCGAAACUCGUGUCACGUUUUGGGGGGCGCUGAACAAAGGCAUUCUUGUUGUUGUUUAAAGGAACUUGCAAAGUAUGAAGACAUGGAGAGCCAGGUGACACUGACCGAACAAGAGCUCCUGGAGGACGGUUUCGGCGACACGCCGUUCUACCACUGCAUCCUCGCUGAAAUCCCAGGAGGCGGCGACAGCCAAGAUUCCAAGGUGGUGGGCUUCGCCAUGUACUACUUCACGUACGACCCCUGGGUGGGCAAGCAGCUCUACAUGGAGGAGUUCUACGUGAUGGGCGACUUUCGGGGCCUCGGCAUCGGCUCGGAGAUCCUGCGGCGGCUCAGCGACCUGGCGGUGAAGACGCGCUGCACGGGCAUGAUGUUCGUGGUGGCCGAGAACAACGAGCUGUCCAUCCAGUACUACAAGCGUCGCGGCGCCGAGGACCUCUCGCAGGAGGAGGGCUGGCGGCUCUACCGCUUCGACAAGAGCAGCCUCGUCAAGAUGGCCACGCCCACCGAGGAGUGAUGCCGCCGGGAAACCGAGGCGGCUUCACUCGCGUGUUGAAUUUAAAAAAAUAAAUAAAACAAAAUAAAAAAAUCUCUUGUGAUUGUAGCUGCCACACACUGAAAUCACUUCAGCAAUAAUAAACUCCCUGAUAAACACA